CGGCAGAGGAUCGCACAAUGUCUGGAGGUAGUGCAAAUGCGAGGUUCAAACCUAACGAAGGAGACUGGAUUUGUCCCGAUGCAAAGUGUGGAAAUGUCAACUUUUCCAGAAGAAGUCAGUGUAAUCGGUGUGGCUCAGAAAGAAAGGAUGGCACUGUUUUCAAGAAGGGUGGUACGGAAAUAGGAAAGAAUUUAGCCGAGAAGAGUAAAGGCCUAUUUAGUGCCGAUGAUUGGCAAUGUAAAAGUUGCGGCAAUGUGAACUGGGCACGUAGAAUGACCUGCAAUGUAUGCAAUUCACCAAAGUAUGGAAAACAGGAGCAGAGAACAGGUUUUGGAGGCGGCUACAUGGAAAGAGAUGAAGUCGUUGAAUAUGUUAAAAGAGACGAAGACAGUGAAUUUGACGAUUUUGGUCGCAAAAAGAAAAAGUUCAGAAAAAGCAUAAGUUCUGAAGGAGUGACAACAAGUGAAAAUAUGGAACCCAAUGAGGAGGAAGAGGAGGAGGAUGAAGAAGGCGAUUUGUCAAACUACAAGAUUGACUCAGAGGAGGAAGAAGAUGGGGAAGAUGAUUUGAGCAAAUAUGACUUGGAUGGUAGUGAUGAAGAGGAUGACAGGCGAUCAAACUCAUCUUCUAGUUCAUCUUCAAGGUCAAGCUCAUCUUCCUCAAGAUCCUCCUCCUCCUCACGAUCAAGGUCAUCCUCAAGGAACCGAAGGAAGAGAAGCAAUAGGUCCAGGUCCAGAUCAGAGUCACCAAGAUCAAAGAGGUACAAAGGUCGAUCAAGGUCACCAAGGGACAGAAAGUCAGGAUCCCGGAGGUCGAGAUCAAGUUCCUCUGAAGACCAUCGACACAGUAACAAUAGAAGUCAUUCUAGAUAUUCCCCUCAGUCAGGCAGCUACAAGGAUGGAUACAAUCGGUCGAGAUACUAAAAGCUGGAGAUGACAUACAGAAUCAGGCGAAUGAUGGCGCAGAGGAUCUCUGAUAGUUUAUAUACCGUACCUGUGAAAGGACAACCUGAAAUGAUAGGAAGAUUAAGUUUGAUCCAGCCAAUGAAUUAGGCCUCAUUUUGAAAGGCUAAUGAAAGGAUUAUAAUCAAAAGCAAUAAUUGACAUAACCAGGAACUUAUUCCAUUUAACAAAAGGUUUUCAAUGUUCUCUGCAAGGUUUUUCUCCAAAGUAAGGUGUAAAUCAUGUCAGUACAGAGAAUUUGUUAUUUGUUAGUUUGGCAUCACUUGCAAGUUCAAUGGAAACUUUUGAGGUCCUCCACUUGUCUGUGCCGACAAAUCUGGUAAGUCAAGAGAAUAAAUCAGGUGAACAGUGGAAGCUUUUGAAUGAGUCCCUGUGUUUAGUUUAUCAUAGCAAGUCAGGACAGAUUGGACUCGAGAUACAUGAGAGAGAGAGAGGUUUUAUUGUCUAUUAGAGCUUUUUAAGUCGGGACACUGGUGUCAUGGCUUUGAACAAAUUUGGGUUAUAUAAAAGGAAGACAAUUCAGUCUCUUUUUCUAUAAAAAAAAAUAUAUAUAUAUGUGUGUGUAUAUAUAUAAAUGGAAAAUUCAGAGAAUAUGAUGUAUACAAUACAGUAUUAAGUUCCUUUGUCAGAAAAUAUUCUGUCCAAUAUAUUAAUGCAAAAAUCUUGUGAUUUCCUCAAAAAAAUAUGUUGUUACACCAACAUUAGACAUUGUAAGAUGCCUGCCUAAGAAGAACCAUGCCGGAUUUGCUGAUGGGUUCUGACAACUUUUAUUUAAAGUGGUUUUGUUGAAUGAUACAUACACAUAGAAAUAGUGUGAAGACUCUGUAAUCCAAACUCUGUAUGCUGUAAAUCACUUUCAUGUAGUAUUUAUUUUUGCCUCCAUUGGCGAGGAGAGCCAAAUGCUAAUUUCAAUCUCUAGCGAUUAUUUGUAUGAAUCUCUUGAUGACAUCCUUGUUUUUCUGCUGUUAACUUGCUUUUACUUCUGUUAGCAUUUGAUAUUAUCCCAAACAAAUCUGCUAGAUGUGUUACUUUUAAAAUUCAAGCAUUUUCAUUUUCAGAGUUCUUACACAACUACCACAGUAUUACUGAUUGUAAACUGUGCCACAAAAUGAUACCAUUCAAACAUACAGUUACAUGCCAGAAGUCAGAAAUCAAGCUUGUGAGUCACAUGUGUUGUUGUAAAUCCCUGAUGCUAUAAUUAAUCCGAUGAUAGUGGGCCAUUCAAAUACCCUGCAUCGUGGUCUGUGGUUCGUCCUUCCACCUGUCCGUAAACAGUUUUGUUAUCGCUAUUUCUAGAGAAGAACUGGAUGGAUCUUUCUCAAAUUGCUUAUGUAGGUUCCCCUUGGUUCCGAGUAAUGUCUGUUUGAUUUUGGGACUGAUCAAAUAAAACAGGUGGCCAUCUUGGAUUUUUCGUUAAUGAAGUUUUUAUCACUAUUUUUUGGAAAGUACUGUAAUGAUCUUUCUCAUAUUUCAUGUGUCGGUUCCCCUUGGUCCUUAGUUGUGCUCGUCUAAUUUUGGACAGAUCAGAAAACAAAAUCGCAGACAGGUGGCCAUCUUUGAUUUUCACGUUGCAAGAUUGUUAUCACUUUUUCCUGAGAAGUGCUGGAUAGAUCUUUCUCAAAUUUCUUAUGUAGGUUCCCUUUAGUCCCUAGUCGUGCUCGUUUGAUUUUAGGACUGAUCAGAAGAACAAAAUGGCAGAAAGACGGCCAUCUUAGAUUUCGACUUUGAGAGUUUGUUUUCACUAUUUCUUGAGAAAUACGUAGCAUAGAUCUUUCUCAAAUUUCAUGUGUAUGUUUCCCGUGAUCCCUUGUUGUGCCCAUCUAAUUUUGGUACUGAUCAGAAAAAACAAAAUAGCUGACAGACAGCCAUUUUUGAUUUUGCAAAGUAAAGAUUGUUAUUGCUAUUUCUGAAGAAGUACUGAAUGGAUAUCUCUCAAAUUUUUUAAGUAUGUUCCCUUUAGUCUCUCCUUGUGCCCAUAUAAUAAGGAGACUGAUCAGAAGAAACGAAAUGUUUUAUCAUUAAGAGCAAAAGCAGAGAAGAGAAGAGAAAAUAAGGAAAAAGAUCCAACUUUCAAAGAGCAAUUAACGAUGAAACAAUGGUGGGUGCCAAGAUCCUUCUGGGAUCUCUUGUGUUGGAAAGGUGCUAAAAUACAUGUAUUUGCAAUAGGAGUUAAACUUUAUAACAUACAAAAUAUCAGCUUUAUUAAAUUACAAAAUGAAAUAUAGGCAACCAUGAAAAAGACAUCACCACUGGGACGACUACUUUAAAUAGCAGUCACUGAAGGGUAACAUUAAUCACAAUAAUGUCUGGCCAGUUGAGGUCCCGUCAUCUUGAACAUAACUCAUUUCAUUCUUAAAACAUAAAAGCAUAUUGAGUACUCUUUUUUGUUUCUUAUUUAUUAGUCUGAAGAAGUCUGAAGUCCGGUAAAUAAAUUCAGUAUGGACACAGCUUUGAUUUAUCACAUGACUGAAUUACUUUUCAGAUAUAGUCGUAUGACUCAUAAGCAAAAUACCAGCCAAUAUGUUUCCACAGUCUAGUAGUUCAUCAUUCACAAAUUAAAAGUCAUUCCCAGAUAAGCAUUUGUGAAAUCAUGUAUUUGAGAAUAUGUCUGUAGAGGUAAGUUCUCGAAAUAAAGUAUUCGCUAAAUCCAAGUAUUCUAUUUACAGACCUAAUGUGUUCAGUUACAGUUGUUGAAUAAUUUGACUAAGGAUGAUACCACAUGUGACUGUUAGUAGUGGCAAACCUGGUGAAUUGUGUGUGUUUAUAUUGUAAAUAGAAUAGUGCUAGUGACCCAUAUGUCAUCACUCCAAACAUCUUACAGAACUUUUCACAUCACAGUAUAAAUGAUGGGCAUGAUGGUAACUAAGAUAAUCAGGGGUUCAUUAGUAGAGAGAAUAUACAAUAUUCAUACAAAUGUGUACACAACCAUAUGUAACAUGUUUUAUUGUAAUCCUUACUAUUGUAACAAAAUUGAUAGACCAAUCUUAUCAAGCAUUUUAUAAAGUUGCAAAGAUACUUUAGUACAUGUAACAUCAGUCUACAGAAUCGGGGUACACUGUAACAUCACGGCCUACAGAAUCGGGGUACACUGUAACAUCACGGCCUACAGAAUCGUGGUACACUGUAACAUCACGGCCUACAGAAUCGGGGUACACUGUAAACUCACGGCCUACAGAAUCGGGGUACACUAACAUCACGGCCUACAGAAUCGGGGUACACUGUAACAUCACGGCCUACAGAAUCGGGGUACACUGUAAACUCACGGCCUACAGAAUCGGGGUACACUAACAUCACGGCCUACAGAAUCGGGGUACACUGUAACAUCACGGCCUACAGAAUCGGGGUACACUGUAACAUCACGGCCUACAGAAUCGGGGUACACUGUAACAUCACGGCCUACAGAAUCGGGGUACACUGUAACAUCCCUGUGUUAUUGGUGUAGAUGAUCCAGCAAGUUUCUGAUUGUUUACUCAUUGUACUGUGGUUCAAAAAGUAAAAACUUAAAAGUAAAUUCUACCACUGACAUCGGGAUAUUGUAACAAAGGUAUAACAUUGAUAUAUAAAUAUAAACUUAAUUCAUUUUACAACAAUAGGGAAACAAGCUAUUAAUCGCUCUUGUUGAUUUGGAUGAAAGCAUAGGAGGGGUCUAUUGGAGGAAAAAGAGUACCCGGGAAAAGCCUCAGGAACUGGCAAGUGACCCCCAUACCUUUUCACAUCCACUCAGGGAAUCGAACUAUAGAUGUUUAAGUACGAGUGCAUCACCACUGCACCCUUCCACAAUAAGUCUUAACCUUAAAGGCAUUGGUUUUCAACAACCAGAAACCAAAACUUCAACUAUCCAUGUCUUUUCCAAAAAACUUCAACUAUCCAUGUCUUUUCCAAAAAACUUCAACUAUCCAUGUCUUUUCCAAAAAACUUCAACUAUCCAUGUCUUUUCCAAAAAACUUCAACUAUCCAUGUCUUUUCCAAAAAACUUCAACUAUCCAUGUCUUUUCCAAAAAACUUCAAUAGGUUAAUUCUACUUUUUUAAACUCUAGGCUACUUUGCUGAUUACAAUUCAUGACUAAAUAUAUUUUAAAAAAAAUUAAAAGCAGGAAAAUUUAAAAUGGAAGCGAUCACUUUUGGUCAUUCUGUUUAUAAAAAAACAGCCUUACUUUUUUAUGGUAAGUAUACGCCACAGAUCUCAUCAGGUGUACAGGAUUUUGACAGAAGCUUAAUUUCAAGGCUGUUACAUUACUGGUCUCAGGAAACACAGGUGUUCCUUAAAGUUAAAUGGCUUCAAGUUCUUGUGUUGAGAGGUCAUCCCCAUUUUUGCAAACUGAAUUAUCUUACAGUGCUAAAGUAUAUCUUUUUACUGAUAUGUAUCUAGAGUAACUUAGGCUGGGAUGAAGAUUCUGGUGUCAAGAACAUGCCAAACAAGUCUGUAAUUUCUUUAAGUCAUUCUGGUAAUCAGAUCAUUGAUUUGUAAUGACAAUCAUAACAGACCACUUCAAUGCAUCCUUAUAGAGAAGUACCAUGUUUUGUUUUCUGUCAGUGUUCAUGGUGGGGGUUUACUUUUCAUAAAGGUAUUAUGUAUUUAAAAUUAACUUCAUGAAUGAAAUGUUUUAGCAAAUUUUGUUUUAAUUCAUUUGUUUGUUCCAUUAGUAUAUAAACAGACAUUAAAUGUUGGAUGAGAAUGA